GAUAAGGACAACAUAUUAGAUGCUGUUCCGUGUUUGCAUGGACCAGACCUUACACACACACACACGCACACACACAAACUCACACAUCUCACACUUGCCUGAGCUUGUUGUCUACAGAGAGAGAGACAGAGAGAGAGAUACAACAUGGACAUGAUGAUUUUUCUUCUGCUAACUGUUUUCCUACAGGACACCACAGCAGGAGUCGUCUUGGACCCGUGUUCGGCCUAUAUCAGUCUGAACGAGCCCUGGAGGAACACGGACUACCAUGUCAACCACUCCUCCGGGGGCGUGCCCCUGUGCGACAGCCUCCUGUCCGGGGAGUGGUACCGCUUCACCGGCAUGGCCGGCGACGCCAUGCCCACAUUCUGCAUCCAGGAGAACCACUGCGGGACCCACGCGCCCAUCUGGCUGAACGGCACGCACCCUCAGCCCCAGGAUGGCAUCAUCACACUGCCCGUCUGUGCCAGCUUCAACCACGACUGCUGCCGGUGGAACGGCAGCGCGGACGUGAAGGCGUGCGGGGGCGGUUACUACGUCUACCGGCUGCCCCGGCCCUCAGUCUGCUUCCACGUCUACUGUGGCCACUUCUAUGACAUCUGUGAUGAGGUGGAUUGCACUGGUCCUCAUUGUCCAGAAUAUGACUGCAGGUGUGCUGCUGGGACAGUCCUGGGACCAGACCGACAGACCUGCCUGGAUGUGAACGAGUGUGAGCGAGGGAACGGGGGAUGUGCGGAGGUGUGUGUGAACACCAAGGGGUCCCGGAGCUGCAAGUGUGGGCCAGGCCGAGUCCUGGACCAGGACGGACACAACUGCAAAGAGAUUGCAGGUUGUCAUAACAACAACGGGGGCUGUAGCCAUGGCUGCGUUGCGAUGCAGGAAACAUACCAGUGCUCCUGUACCCGAGGCCUGGAGCUGGGCCAGGACAAACGCACCUGCCAGGUUCCGGUUCAGUGUGGCCCGGGUUCCAUCGAGGUGUCGGUUCCCAAGGACCUGGUGGGCGGACUCGAGCUCUCAUUGGCUAACUCCUCAUGUAAGGGCGUGUCCAACGGGACACACAUCAACCUGAGUUUCAGCCUGAAGACCUGCGGCACCAUAGUGAAGGUGACGGAGGACAGGAUCGUGGGCACCAACCUGGUGACGGGCCUGCCCAAGUCCAGCCCAGGAAGCAGCCUGGACAUGAUCAUCCGCACCUCCAAGCUCCUCCUCCCCGUCACCUGCGAGUUCCCCCGCGAGUACGACGUCUCCGACGGCUACCAGGCCAGCCUCCGCGGCAACGUCCUGGAGCUGGAGGGCCACAGCGAGGGCGUGUUCCCGUUCUCCCUGGAGCUCUUCAAGAACGCAGAGUUCUCCGAGCCGUACCGAGCGCCGCCCCAGCUGCGUCUCCACGACUCGCUGUUCUUCGGGGUGGAACCGAGGGAGAGGCUGGAGGGACUGGCCGCUCUGGUGGAGAGCUGCUUCGCCACGCCCAGCCCCAAGGCCGAGCAGGCCCUCAAGUACUACCUCAUCAAGGACGGUUGUAUCUCAGAUGAGACAGUCAGGCAGUUCUCCUCUAAAGACCAACUCUCCAAACACUACCAGGUCCCUGUCUUCAAGUUUGUUGGCAAGGACAACCGAGAAGUGUUCCUGCACUGCAGAGUGUUGGUGUGUGGUGCAGGAGAUUCCCGUUGUUCUCAGGGAUGUCGGGGCCGAACACGCCGUGAACUGGUAUCUGACCAGGACCAGGACCAGGACCAGGACCAGCACCAGGACCAGCACCAAGACCAGCACCAGGACCAUCUGAACCAUCACCUGCUGACUGGAGGCCCAAUCUUCAUCCUGGCUGAGCCGUGACCCCUACACUGAACUUUGAAGCUCAGUCCAAACACACACACACACACACACACACUCAUGCACAUACUGUAUAUACUUAUGCACACACACACACACAACACUCAUUCACACACACACACACACACACAGCUGAUAUUCUAGUUUUAUUUUACUACUAUAUUAGUCAGUACAUCUAUGUUCAUGCAUCAAAAAUGGUUUCACUAGCACCUACUGUAAUGCUCUCUCUCUCACAUACACACGCACACACACAAACACGCUCUUAUAUACAAACAUUCACUCACUCACUCACACACACACACACACACACACACACACACACACACACACACACACACACACACACACACAUACACACACACACACAGACUCAAACAUACACAGCUGCUGUGACCGUCCUGUGAAACCGGCGUAGCUGCCAGUCACGUGGAAACUGCUGAGGUCAGGAGAGGUCUCUUCAGGCACACCUUGCUGCCUUGUAAGUGCACUGAUGGCUGAUAUUCUUUUUUGUGUACUGGCUGGAAUCACACAAACACACACCAACACACUCACACACACAUUUACACACCUACACAGUGUCUCUCGCACACACAUACACAAAUAUUAAACUGUCUCUACACUCUGACUGACAGAAUGUGUUCAUACAAAGUAGAGCAUCCAGAAAUAUAGUCAACACUAUUAACUUUUUUCCAUUCAAUGUACUUAUUUCAACUUUAAUACUGUGUUCAAAAUAUUUCAUAUUAAAAAUUGAAUAAUAAAAAUGAACAAAGAAAUAAAUAACUUGUUUUGAUCAAC